AUGGCACUAAUUGAAUUUCUUAAUCACAUACCAAUUGUGUCUUUGAUUGCUCUUAUUUUAUGUACUACUACUAGUACUGCCCGAAUAUUUACCACAAAGAAUUGUGAUUUUCCUGCCAUAUUUAACUUUGGUGCUUCAAAUGCUGAUACUGGUGGUUUGGCUGCUGCCUUUAGAGCACCACCAUGGCCUUAUGGACAGACUUAUUUUCAUAGAUCAACUGGAAGAUACUCUGAUGGUAGAAUUAUUCUUGAUUUCAUAGCACAAAACUUUGGACUUCCCUAUCUAAGUCCAUAUCUUAAUUCUCUGGGAUCCAACUUCACACAUGGUGCGAGCUUUGCAACAUUUGGGUCAACUAUCAGAAUCCCUAAUAGUGUUAUGCCUUACGGUAGAUUCAGUCCAUUUUCUCUUUCAAUUCAGUUCAUUCAAUUCAGAGAUUUCAUAUUGAAAACAAAAAUUAUUAGGGAUCAAGGAGGUGUAUUGGCGACGUUGAUCCCCAAAGAAGAUUAUUUUUCCAAAGCUUUAUACACAUUUGAUAUUGGUCAAAAUGAUCUUACUUCUGGUUUUUUUGGUAAUGCGACUAUACAAGAAGUCAUUGUUACAAUACCCGAUAUAGUAAACAAAUUCAUAGGGAUUAUCAAGAACAUAUACUAUUUAGGGGCCAGAUCAUUUUGGAUACACAACACAGGACCAAUUGGCUGCCUUUCUUUAAUUUUGGCUAAUUUUCCAUCCACUAUAAAGGAUAGUUAUGGAUGUGCAAAAGAAUACAAUGAAGUAUCUCAGUAUUUUAAUUCAAAAUUGAAGGAAGCUUUAAAUCAACUACGCAAGGAUCUCCCUCUUGCUACAAUCAUAUAUGUAGAUAUUUACUCUGCUAAAUACUCACUUUUUCAAAAUCCAAAAAAAUACGGAUUUGAGUUUCCACAUGUGACAUGUUGUGGCUAUGGAGGAAAGUACAACUAUGAUGAUCAUGCUCUAUGUGGACAAACCAUUAACAUAAAUGGAACAAAAAAAGUUGUGGGUUCAUGUAAAAAUCCUUCUACUAGAGUGAUUUGGGAUGGAACGCAUUACACCGAGGCAGCUAACAAAAUCAUCUUUGAUCAAAUUUCUAGUGGUGUUCUCACAGAUCCUCCCAUUUCUCUAAAUCUAGUAUGUCACAAAAAAUUCACUUGA